AUGUCUACGGAAGUAAACAGUGACGUCACGAAGCGUCACAAUGAACCGAUAAAAAGUCGAUUUUAUCCGCAUAAGUUCGGCCAGCUGACUGCGUCCCCCGCUCCCGUACGCACUGAAAAAUCUACACGAGAUUUCAGGGCGACAGAGACGGAUGUAUGCGGGAAAUGUACGCGUGUGAGGGGGAUAAGUGUAUCAGUGCGCGGCGGCGCGGUGGGCGGUCGCCAGCGGAUGAUGUAUAGAGUGGUGGAGUUAGGUUCAAAUUGCGUCGGGAAGUGGCCGAGAUUAGAGUCAGUGCGGACGGUACCGCGCGUCGUAAGCCCACUUAAGACUGUUUUUAAUACUAGUAUUUUUUACGCGAUCGCAAGGAUUUAG